GUUGCCCAGAUCGUGUACGAGAGCUUGCUGCAGUCCAAGCCAAUCCCGAUGACGGUCCAGUCCAGCAGCAGGUGGCGGAAGAAAUACCUUGGCAAAGACUGGGCGAGGGCGAACGAGGAGCUGCGCCUCUCCGCGAGCACGAGGAGCGCGGGCGCGGGCGAGGGCGAGGCGGCGUUCCAGCAGGCCGCCGCAGCCUCCGGGGAGCUGCAGCUGGAGGUGCUGUGGACGGGCCAGCUCGCCUCGGAGCUGGAGGACGUCGACCGGGCGAGGGUGCGGCGCCUGCUGUCCAGGCUCGCAUCCCUGACGCGCCGCUCUGAGGACGGGUGCCGCGGCGCGUGCGCCGGCCGCGGGCUGGAGGCGCUCGUGGCGACGCUGCAGGUCUUCGCGCACGCCAGAGACGAGGAGGGCGCGGAGGUGCUCCGGCUGUGCGCGAAGUGCCUGCAGCAGGCCCUCAGGGUCGGGCCGUGCCUGGAGGCGCUCGCCGAGCUCGGCGCGCCGAGGGUCCCGGGCCUGGCUGGCCAG